AUGAAGACACCCGAAGCCAAGGUUGAGCUGGGCUUUGCCAUGUGCGAAAACAGCUUCAACAUGAUUCAACGAAGUUCAUCAGUAGGUGACUUGGUAGGCGGUGUUGCAGUUCCUGGGGAGGAGUCCAACUCGGAUGAAGGCUGGGCUGUGGUGGAGUCAGAUACGCGUAAAGUGCUGCAGGGGGCCAAAGCCUGGGGCCUCCGCGGCUUCUCGAAGGAUCCCAACGAGCUGCGCAGCGUCGAGCACGACUCGGAGGUGUUGUGCGCCUGCACCACGGGAGCGAACUGUGUGGCCGUGGGCUGCGGAGAUGGCACUAUCCGACUCCACGACCUCAGCACCACUGACGACGAGUCCGUCUCGAAGCUGCUUGGGCACGAGAGGGCUGUGCACUGCCUGUGCCUGUUGUCCGAGGAGGUCCUCGCCAGCGGGUCCGGGGACAACACGGUCCGGACGUGGAAUCUGGGCACCAAGGAGACUCUGCAAGUCCUCAGCGGACACACAGGCAUGGUGCUGGGCCUGGCACGGCUCAAUGACACUCAGCUGGCGAGCGCAAGCGAUGACACGACCAUCCGCUUGUGGGACGUCGCAAAGCCGGAAGACGUCCGAGCGCUCCAAGGGCACACCAGCGCUGUGCGCUGCCUCUGCCUCACCAGUGCCGGCAUCCUGGUGAGCGGAAGCGAUGACAGGACCCUCCGAGUCUGGAACUCCGACACCGGCGAGGAGCUACAGGUGCUGCCUGGCCACACCUUUUGGGUCCUCUGCCUCUGCCAGGCCUCCGCGGAGCUCCUGGCGAGCGGCAGCAACGACAAUACCGUGCGCCUCUGGGACCUCACCAGCUGGACGACUGUGCGGAUCCUCGAAGGCCACACGGGCCGAGUCUACUCGCUCUGCCUGCUGGCGCCCAACUACCUUGCAGCUGGCGGGCAUGGCAGACUCCAAGUCUGGCGUGUUGAGAGCGGGGAGCCGCUGCACGAGAUCGAGAAGGCCCACAGCGACGGGAUCCAGGCCCUGACGGUGGCGAAGGUGCGGGGAGAGCCCGUGCUCUGCAGCGGCAGCCUUGACUCGACCCUGAAGCUCUGGCAGCUGCAGGCCUGGGGGAAAUGGGAUGGGAGCAGAGGAGAUGAGCGGAAGCCGAGCUCCGGCGACCUGAACCCCCUGAGCUCCCCGUGCAGAACUCACAGCUUCCGAGUUAUUGAGUCGCCCCUUAGCGAGGCAAGGCCCUGA